CCCAACCCCUCCCAUAUAUGAAGCUAUAAAGGCUUCUGCAGCUCUUCCAUGAUAAAGAAAGAGGCAACAACAUCGUGUGGCGGAAGCUUAAGCAGCCCAGGCACCCAGUCUCCCACCCCGCUGAGCUCAAGAUUCUUCCCAAGAACACAUAGGUCUUGGCCACAUUUGGGAUGCAAGCAUCUUUUUUACCAGCCACAAAGAGGCAGAUCAAGAUGCAGAAAAGAAACAUUUGCCUUAUGUACUGGUUACUGUUGCAUCUCCUACUUUUACAAUAUGGCAUAACCUCCAUUAAUGGUAGCACACCUAACCCAACUUCCAGUGAACCCACCACAGCCAACACUGGAUCCAGUGCAACCUCCAGUGGGACUAGGACAGCCUCCAACACUACAUCCAGCAUGACCUAUGGUGGUACCAGCACAGCCACCAACUCUGGAUCCCAAGUGACCUCCAGUGGAUCCAGCACAACCUCCAAUACUAAAACCAGCAUGACCUCUGGAGGGACCAGCGCAACCUCCAAUACUGGAUUCAGUGUGACCUCUGGAGGGACCAGCACACCUGCCAAUAUUGGUUCCAGUAUGACCUCCAGUGAGACCAGCAUAACCUCCAGUACUGGAUCCAGCACAACCUCCAGUGGGACCAGCACGGCCUCCAACACUGGAUCCAGUGCAACCACAGGAGGCUCUGGUACACCUUUGUCAACUGGAACACACACAACUUCCAACAGAAUUAGCACAAGUGCUGGAACUCCAGUGAGUGAAGUGAAGCCCAGUGGGUUCCUAAAGCCAUGGGAAAUCUUCUUCAUCACUCUGGUCUCGGUUGUAGUGGUUGUGGGAUUCUUUGUUGGCCUCUACUUCUGUGUGAGAAACUCCCUGUCCCUGAGAAAUUUCUUUGACGCAUCUGUUUACUGACUCCAUGGCCCCAACCUCGGCCCAGGCCCUGGAGGGAAUCAAGGAGUCCACCACCCGUCUAGGUGGAGCCCUAACAGAUCCUGGAGGAGACCAGUAUCCUCAGUAGCCAUGGAGAUGAGAGAGAGCCACAAUGGGCUCUAAGCAGCUGCUGAAGCCAGAGAGCCACAUUCCUCACAGAGGAAGCCAGCCUGGGGGACCAGAGAUCUGAGUGUCCUUUUAUUCGUCCCCAGGAGUCCCCUCCCAGCUUUGUUUGGGUCUCUGCCAGCCUUGGGGAAGACACUUCCUCCUCUCUUGCUUUUACCAGACACUGGAAAGAGGAGACUCUGAUGGUCAUUUAGCUAAGAAAUAAACACAUACAAACUAUAUCACAGAGAGAAUCUGUGUGUGCACACGAGUGGGUGUC